CCCUUGAGAACCACGGGGUUAAAGAAUUACUUUCUUCUCUCCAGUGGCCCGAAGGGACUGCAGCCCGUGUGGCCCAGUUCUCCUUCCCCUUUCCUCUUCCCGCCAGCCCCAAGAAUUUUACUUUCACUUCUUAUCCAGCUCCUCCCCGGGGAGGGACUGCUUCAUGUAGACUGAGCCCCGCUUGGUGAGUACAUUCUGAGCUUGCCGGCCACUGGCCUUCCUUCACCGUUUGAACCAGGAGUCAAGACUUCUCUGUGGCCUGAAGGCUGACUCUCAAGUCCGCCCCCAUCUCCUCCCUGCUCUGUGGCCUUGAUUGUCGACGUUGCUGAGAGAAACUGGAACCAGUGCCACCCGCCCUCCGCCUCUCUUUCUCUCUCCUUUCUCUCUCUCAAAGGGAUGAACAGAACGUUCCUUCUCUUCUUCCCACCUCACGUCCUCAGAAGAAAAGCAGGAAUCUUUAAGCAAGAAGAAUCUCAGGAAUUCUGACAGGAAGAAGCCAGAAAAAGCAGCUGCUAUGGCUUUAAAAAUGCUGGUGAAUUUACAGGAGGAGGUGACCUGUCCCAUCUGCCUGGAGCUUUUUACAGAACCCCUAAGUCUAGGCUGUGGCCACACCUUCUGCCAAACCUGCAUCGCUGACAGCAAGGAGGCAGACACCAGCCCUGGAGGGGAAAGCAGCUGUCCUGUGUGUGGCAUCAGGUUCUCCCCUGGAGACCGCUGGCUUAAUCAGCAUGUGGCCAAGAUUGUGGGGAGACUCAGAGAGGUCAAAUUGAGCCCAAAGGAGGGGCAGAAGAAAGAUCUCUGUGUGCAACAUGAGGAGGAACUCCUGCUCUUCUGUAAGGAGGAUAAGAAGGUCAUUUGUCGGCUUUGUGAACAGUCUCAGAAGCACCAUGGUCACCACAUAUUCUUCACGAAGGAGGCAGUCAAGGAAUGUCAGGAGAUGCUCCAGGCAGCUCUGAAGAGGCUGAGGAAGGAGCAGCAGGAAGCUGAGAAGUUGGAAGCUGACAUCAGAAAAGAGAGAACUUCCUGGAAGCAUCAGACACAGACUGAGAGACAAAGGAUACGAACAGAAUUUAAUCGACUUAGAAGCAUCCUGGACGGUGAGGAGCAGAGAGAACUGCAAAAACUGGAGGAAGAGGAACAGAAGACACUGGAUAACUUGGCUGAGGCUGAGGCUGAGCUGGUCCAGCAGAGCCAGUUGCUGAAAGAGCUCAUCUCAGAUCUGGAGCGUCGCAGUGAAUGGUCAACAGUGGAGCUGCUGCAGGACAUGAGUGGAAUCAUAAAAUGGAGUGAGAUCUGGACACUGAAGAAGCCAAAAACUGUUUCCAAGAAACUGAAGAGGACAUUCCGUGCUCCAGAUCUGAGCGAAAUGCUUCACGUGUUUAGAGAGCUAACACAUGUCCAGUGCUACUGGGUGGACAUCACACUGAAUCCAUUCAACUUAAAUCUGAAUCUUGUCCUUUCAGAAGAUCAGAGACAAGUGAUAGCUAUGCCUAUAUGGCCAGUGAAGUAUUACAAUUGUGGUAUCUUGGGCUCACAGUAUUUCUCCUCAGGGAAACACUACUGGGAGAUAGAUGUAUCCAAGAAGGCUGCCUGGAUCCUGGGGGUAUACUGUAGAACACGUUCCCAUAGUGUAAAGUUUGCUGCUGGACGAGGCACAGAUCAUCAAAAUGUUUACUCCAUAUACAGACCUCAAUUUGGCUACUGGGUUAUAGGGUUGAAGGAUAAAUUUAAGUACAAAGCCUUUGAGGACUCUUCCACCUCUGAUCUCAAAGUCUUGACUCUUUCCAUGGCUGUUCCUCCCCGUCGUGUUGGGGUUUUCCUAGACUAUGAAGCAGGCACUGUCUCAUUUUUCAAUGUCACAAACCAUGGGUCACUCAUCUACAAGUUCUAUAAAUGUGGCUUUUCUCAGAAUGCUUAUCCAUAUUUCAACCCUUGGAACUGUCCUGCUCCCAUGACCCUGUGUCCUCCAAGUCCCUGAAACUUCUCCCCUCAUCCACUUCUUAUAACGACCCUUAUCUUGGGGUUCAUCUCCUGCGAGGAGCUCACCUGCACCGCUCGUGCCAUCUCUCCCUGUCUCCCUUCUGUGCUCUAGAACCUGUGCUCAUCCUUGGGGUGUAGAGUGUAUCUGAUCUGAGUUAGAAGAGAUGCUUAUGUACCCACUGACCCUGUUUCAUAUCCUCAAAGAAAGACAUCUAAUUCCUCCCAAAGACAGAGCACU